CCUUGCCUUAUUCUAUCAGUGACAAUCUAUAGUAAAGAGACAGUAGUGAAGCUUGCGUCGCUGCAGCCAUAUACCGCCAAAGCUCAAGUCCAUGACGUAAAAGUGCGCGAGUGCUGUGUCCCGAAAAAAAAUGUUGGAGUUUUACCCUAACAUCAACCUGACGCCGGCGAUGCUGCCAGAGCACAGCUCCCUGAACGGCCCCGACUGCAACGGCCGGACUGAUGGCAGACUAAUAAAAUGUGAAAAAACUUAUGAAAUGUGUGAGGGUUGUGGGCAGAAAAUCCACGAUCGGUACCUGAUGCGGGUCGCAGACGCGAGCUGGCACGAACAGUGCCUCACUUGUAACAUCUGCGGCCUCCAACUCGCCCAUUCCUGCUACACCAGGAACACGAAACUCUACUGUAAGGCUGACUACGAUAGGAUAUUCGGGGUUAAGUGUUCAAGAUGCGGCGACCGUCUCCUCCCCCACGAAAUGGUAAUGAGGGCGCAGCAGCACGUCUUUCAUCUGCCUUGUUUCGUAUGCGUGGUGUGUUGCCAGCCUCUGCAAAAAGGCGAGCAAUUCGUGCUCAGGGCAGGUCAACUGUUCUGCCGACAAGACUUUGAAAAAGAGAUGUACCUGAUGCAGCAGGCGAGUUCGGGGGACGACGACAUGCUGGACGAGAAUAGCAGGCCGAGGGACGGGCGAAGGGGGCCCAAGAGGCCCAGGACGAUUCUGACGUCGGCUCAGAGGAGGCAGUUCAAGGCGUCGUUCGAGGUCAGCCCCAAGCCGUGCAGAAAAGUGAGAGAAGCUCUCGCCAAAGAAACCGGCCUCAGCGUCAGAGUCGUGCAAGUCUGGUUCCAGAACCAGCGCGCCAAAAUGAAAAAAAUCCAAAGAAAAGCAAAACAAGACGACGGGAAAUCCCCCGGAGAGAAAGAAAAGACAGAAAAAGACGACAAAAUUAUCAAACAAGAGUCGCCUUCCAGUGACCAUGGACACUUUAUGGGUAUGGGAAAUCUGAGUGACUCUCAUUUUCCUAGUUCCAGUCAACCGCUCAACCCCAACAUUCCGUACUCUCCAGACGAUGCUUAUCCCGCACAUUCCGGCGAGAGCUUCUGCAGCUCCGACAUCUCCCUCGACGACAGCACGAACUUCGACCACCUGGACGAGGCCACCUCGGACACGCUGUCCUUACAAAACCUAGAGCUGCAGUCCUCGCACUCCCACCAACACGACGGCGUGCCGCCUUCAGGCUCAAUAGCGAACCCAAUUGAUAAGCUCUACCUCAUGCAGAAUUCGUAUUUUAGUACAGAACAAUAGAGAACUGCAUAAUUUGUUUAUUUGUUAUGUAUGGAAAUUAUGUUUAUUUCGUCUAUUGUGUUAUUUUUUUUUGGAUAAAUGUCAAGUACCAGAAAACAACAGAGUUUCGUUCGCUGCAAGUGCCAUCCUGAGCUCAAGACUAGUCAGUGCAUAGUUACCUAUCAUUUGUUGUCCGUACUUUCGUUUAUAUUAUUGACUUGGUUCGUCCUUUGAAUGUACAUAUGUUAAGUAAUGAAGUAGAUAAAUCUCCUGAGUCGAAUUAUUGAUUGUGAUGAUAUAUUUAUGCCAACUAUAGUAUUAAAUAUUGCCUAGAUUUUAUUAUGUAUAUUUUAAAUAAAUAAUAAAUAGAAA